GCGAGCGGACGAGGACCAGCAAACCAUCAGGCGAGUGUUCGUCUGUUCGAGGCCUCGGACGACACGGAGCCUCGGGUGAUCCUGUAUCGAGACAAGGCAGCCUGGUGUCCGUACUGCGAGAAGGUAUGGCUUCAUCUAGAGGAGAAGAGAGUACCGUAUCGUGUGGAGAAGGUCAACAUGAGAUGCUACGGUGACAAGCCCGACUGGUUCAUGAGGAUGCAGCCGAGCGGAGGGAUUCCUGUAGCCAAGAUCGACGGGCAGGUGAUCACCGAGUCAAACGACAUCAUGCAGACUCUCGAAGACGUCUUUCCUCAGAACCCCAUGCUCCCUGCCAGCUCCGACCCGCAGGCCCCUCGAGUUGGGAAGCUGCUGAGGCUAGAGCGACAGAUCUUUAGCUCCUGGUUCCGCUGGUUGGUCUCUCCGUCUCGCUUUGGAGACUCGCAGCAGAUCAAUUUCGAGUCUCUCCUCUCCCAAGUCGACGAGGAGCUCAAGGAAGCUAAUGACAUCGCUGUGGCUAACGGGCAUAAAGAGGGACGCUUCUUCCUUGGAGACAGGAUCAGUUUGGUCGAUUUCAUGUUCGCUCCCUUCCUGGAGCGCAUGGCGGCGUCAGUUCCCUACUACAAGGGGCUGGUUAUCCGUGACCCUGCGCGCUGGCCACACGUAGAGCUGUGGUUCAAAGCCAUGGAGGAGCGGGACUCGUUCAAGGGGAUUCAGAGCGACUACUACACGCACUGUCAUGAUCUUCCUCCUCAGAUCGGAAACUGCUUCUCUCACCCUGAGGCUGAGAAGUACCGCAAGGAGAUCGACGGUGAGCUCUGGCGCCUGCCAGUCAGACAGGGCAUCGAGCCCUUGAACGCAGGAGCUGACAUGGCGCGACGAGAGGCUGCGGCGCGAGUGAUUGAGAACAGAGACAAACUUGUUCCCUUCUGCCUGCGAGCCGUGGGAGCUAGGGGCUCACCUCGCGUGUCUGCUCCGCUCUCAGACCCCAACGCCAAGCCCGAUCUGAGGUUCACCCAGCAGCAGAUGGACGCGGCGCUCAGGCAUCUGGUGGACGCCAUGCUCAUGGAGGCUGCUGACUUCUCUCGACUGUCCCCAGGCUUGCCCAGCAGCUCCAUCAAGAAGGGGCUCACGUAUCUUCGUGACCGUGUUUCCGUUCCCCGGGAUAUGUCGUUUGCUGCUGCUCAGCAGCUACGCGCACACUUGAACGAGCUGGCGAACGCGCUCUGA